UCGCCAGGGAGCGAGAAACAGGGGCGAAAGGCGAAAGAAGAGGAGAGAGAGAGAGAGCGCUCCAAAAGGAAAACGAGUCCACAGUAGAAGACGAAAGAAAGAAGAGUCGUUCACUGAUUACCACGAAGAAGAAUUCCCCAGAAGGGUCUUUUGCGGGCAAGGACGGACGGAUGUUCUUCCUCGAACCACGAUCUCCGCCUCCCAAGUGUAACAAGCCCUAGCACCGAUGGAAGGUGGUUCCUCGGACCAUGCUUCAGUUGGCUCUGGGCCAAAAAGGUCAAGCGUAUCAUCACGAGGUCGGCCCCGGGGUUCAUCGUCUUCCAGCUGUAAGGAUUUUCUUCGGAAGUUUGUGGAUAGUGAGAUUUUGACGGCAAACCUUGAAGAUUGGUUUUCAGGAAUAUCUGAAGAAUCAGGAUUCAGAAAACCUGCCUUUGAUGUUCCUUUUGAGCUAACAGAACUUCAGAAUUUUGAUUAUGCUCUAGAAAGUGCUUCUUUUCAACAGCUGAUACGAAUGCCAAAUGCUCUCUAUGCAUCGACAUCAGAUGCUGUUGAAGCAACUGCACACCUUGCUAUUGAAGAUUUUCUACAUGCUAGUGUUAAGGGCUUGUGGGAGACCUUUUGGUGUCAUGAUGAACCUGUUCCUUUUUCAGUUGCCUGCAUACACAGUACAAGUUCCAAAUUCUAUCCUGCUGAAAAGGCCAUUGCUAGUGGGAAGCUUGGAGGUCUUUGUGCGACAGCCAUAUUGCUAAAAAAUAGUCGGCAUUCUCAUGGGAAAUGGGAUCACAUUGUUGAAUUAGCUCUGCUGAGGCCUGAUAUUGGGAGUCUUUCAAUGCAGAGUGACCGGCAGCCUUCCCAUGCUGUUCUUGGGGAAGCGCUCUUUUUUGCUCUCCGUGUUCUGUUAUCACGAAGCCUAAGCAGAUCAUCAACUGUUCUUCGCAAUUCAAAUUGUGUUUUUGUGCUUCUUGUAGAUUCACAGUAUGGUGGCGUGGUAAAGGUUGAGGGUGAUGUGAGUAAGUUGGACUUCGAUGUUAAUAAUGUUUAUGAAUGUGCAGCUGGAUGGAUAAAGGAACAUGCCACAAUUACUAUUUCUCCCAUUGAUAGGGUAUGGAACAAGCUCGGGAAUGCCAACUGGGGAGAUAUUGGAACUCUACAGAUUCUUCUCGCAACUUUUCACUGUAUCAUUCAGUUUUGUGGAAUGCCAAAGUACUCGCUUGGAGAUUUAGCUACAGAGCAUAGUUCCCGUCUACAGAGUCGUAGAAAGGAAAGGCAUUUGAUAGAAACGCAUAUUAAUGGAAAUGGUUUGUUCUUUUUCCAGCAACGCCGUCAGUCCUCUGAAAUUGUUGAGGUUCAGGAAGAAUCUGUAAUAUUGGAAUCUGAAGGAACUCUGAAGCUGGAAAAAGAAUCGGUUUUGUGGAUGGAGGACUCAAACUGGCAGAAGGGUUUCCAGAUUAAUGACGUGCUAACUGAUGGUGAACUUCCAGUUUAUAUUGCCACUCCUGUGGAAGAACCAGGAAAGGCUUUUUUACUAUAUGUCGGUUCUAGUCCAACUCACUUGGAACCUGCAUGGGAGGAUAUGAAUUUGUGGUACCAGGUUCAGAGGCAGUCUAAAGUACUGACUUCAAUGAAACAGAGGGGCUUGUCCAGCAAGUACCUUCCCCAAGUGGUUGCAUCUGGACGGAUCAUUCAUCCUGGUGAAUGUAACAAACCGAGCUCUGGUGGUAACUGUGGUCAUCCAUGGUGUGGCACCCCAGUCCUAGUCAUCUCUCCCGUUGGUAAGACAGUUUCCAAUUUGAUGAGAAAUGGCUUAUUUGGUCCUGAGGAAGCUCUCAGGUGCUGCCAUGACUGUCUAUCUGCCCUUGCAACUGCAUCCUCAGCUGGAAUCAGGCAUGGUGACAUCCAUCCAGAGAAUGUGAUCCAUGUGAGGGAUGGCACAAGGCAUCCCUUUUUUGUACUGAUUGGGUGGGGUCGUGCGGUUCUGGAAGAUAGGGACCGCCCAUCGAUGAAUCUUUUCUUCUCUUCUACUUAUGCUCUUCAGGAAGGCAAACUAUGUGCAGCAUCAGAUGCAGAGAGUCUAAUCUACCUGCUGUACUUCUUAUGUGGUGGUGUAUUCCCGGAGUUGGAUUCAGUUGAAGGGGCGCUUCAGUGGCGGGAAGUGUCAUGGUCAAAAAGGGUUAUACAGCAGAAGCUGGGAGAAGUAUCAGCAGUGCUGAAAGCCUUUGCUGAUUAUGUGGACAGCCUUUGUGGGACUCCAUACCCGAUGGACUAUGAGAUAUGGUUGAGAAGGUUGAGAAGAACAAUCAAUGAAGAUCAUGGGAAGGAAGUUGAUGUGGCAAAUUAAAUUACCAAAAAUGAGCUUCAAAAUGGAAGGUUGUCCCCUUCUAAAUGUGUGUCAUCAUCGCUGCCUGCUUCUUUGGAUUGUUCAAGGUCUUGCAAGUAUCUGAAACUUCAGCAGUCAAUAUAUGAUGGUUCAGAAGUUUGACAAGUGUUCCAAAUAUAUAGCGACCACAGAUCAUCAACUGAAGUGAGUAAGGGCUUUCAGGAUUCCAGAUGUUCCAUUAAUCUAUUCGAGGACCAUCACACAUCUGCUGUUAUCUGCAUUUUCUGGAAUUUGUUGAGUUCCAAGUGUCUCGAUAAGACUGUGCAGUUGACCAUUUGGAAGGUUGUGGGGCAAGGUUCUUUUGAGCCAAUGCUGACUGCAUGAAGUGCUGUAUGGAGGCCGGUGGCUACUUUGUUCUUAGAUUUUGGAUGAUUCAUUCCCUUCUACUCUACUGUGUUUGGAUCAGCUCCAAAGAUAAGGUCCCCUUGCAUCUUGAGUUGUCUCCUUUUUGUACUCUGAAUGUUCUGUGGUUUGGACAAGUUUCUUGUGAUUAAAUUUAUUUUCACUAUUUAUUUAUCUUGGGAAAAAGAGUAGCUGGAGUGAUUUGUGGUUGAGUUUUUUUUAGGGAUAUUUGGUCAUUCAAUACAUGUGCCGAUCAGAAGCAUAGCCCAUUCCUGUAAAUCGUUCUCUUGUUUGAAGUUUACAAGCUGUGGCUGGCUUUGUUUGGAUCAGCAGGAGUAAUAAUUUAGAGCAAGUUUUCUUGUGCUGCGCAGAGAGUAGCACAUCUUUCGCAGCAAUAUGAAUGAUGAGCUUAUAAAUUUUGUUUCAUUCUUGUUAUUUAGCAGCUAUAUGAAUGAUGAGCUCAUAAAAUUUCCUUUCUA